CCGGGUGCAAGGUUGUAUGGUACAGUACUGUAUUAUGCUCGAGCAAGUUCGUGUCCCCCCCCAUGGGGAUCGUCCCUCAAAACGAACAAAUGGUGGCAAAAAUGGGGAGAAAGAGGAAAAAAACCUCGUUAAACGCCCAGAAGGAAAGCAAAACGGGAGUGCUAGCCGAGUAACCCCGGGAUUUCCCCAACCCCUCCAGAGCCCCCCAUUUGGGGCGAGGCCUACCGUACCUGCCCGAAGCACUUUUCCCACCGACUAGCAGCAACAUGUGGGAGGGAGGGUAUGUGUCAAUGACGUGAGCGGGGCUGGUUUCCUAAUCCUACCAGGGAAAAAAGAGGAAAAGGCAUGCGCCGGACAACUUUGGCAGCCAAUUCUGGUGCCGGUGUGAGGGACAUUUUAGGGACCUUGCAUUCUGCGGAUCGAGGUACUUGUGUUCAACUCGCAGUCUUCUCGCCCCCUCGUAUUUAAAGACCACUGUGCGCUGGACUCUGCAAUCGAUUUUGGCGGAUAGAUAGAGUGGGCACAGGGCGAUAGACGGCAUGAUGAGGGCCUUAGGACUUCGCGGGGAGCGACUUGGCUUCGCCGUUUCGUUCAUCUGCACCACUGGUUUCUUGCUCUUUGGAUACGAUCAAGGUUGGUUUUGCUUUCCCGCAUGUUUGCUCACCGAGGCUAAUGAACGGAAAAAACCGAACUAGGCGUCAUGAGCGGGAUCAUCACAUCCCCGGAGUUCAACUCUGCCAUUCCGGAAACGAAGGGCAAUUCCACCAUGCAAGGGUUUGUUACCUCGAUCUACGAGGUUGGCUGUUUAUUUGGGGCUGUGGUCGUCCUGUUCACGGGAGAGGCCAUGGGACGUCGGAAGGCGAUCAUCGCUGGGGCUUCGAUCAUGAUUCUUGGUGUGAUUAUUCAGGUUACAGCUUAUGUCGGACAUCAAUCAUUGGUAAAUUUACUACCACCACCACCGCUGUCACCUUAUAUUGUCCAUGGCUACUAAAAACUAUCAGGCGCAAUUUGUUAUCGGCAGGAUAGUAACCGGAAUCGGCAAUGGUAUGAACACCAGCAGUAUUCCAACAUACCAAGCCGAGUGCGCAAAAACCAAGAACAGAGGACUUUUGAUCUGCAUCGAGGGAGGGUCAAUCGCGUUUGGGACCUGUAAGUUUUGUAUCCUGUCGUGACCCUACCCGGGGCUAACGGACGGCAGUGAUAAGCUAUUGGCUCAACUACGGCGUCAGCUUCGCCGGCGGCGACCUAGUCUGGCGUUUCCCCAUUUCCUUCCAAGUGGUUUUUGCCCUGAUCAUCAUCGCCGGCAUGAUGGUACUCCCUGAAUCCCCCCGUUGGUAUGUGUUCCCCAUUCAACCCCGCCCUGGCCCUCCCUAUAACCUAAGGUUCACACUUUAUAGGCUCCUCUCGAAAGACCGCGACGAAGAGGGCACUUUUGUAAUCGCCGCCCUCAACGGCGAAGCCAUCGAUUCCCCAAAAACCCAACUCGAAAAGCGCGUAAUUCUCGACUCAAUGAUGGCAACCGGCGAAAUCGGCAACAAGUCCUCUUUCCGCGAUCUCCUGACAAACGGAAAAACCCAACACCUGCGCCGUGUAAUACUGGGUGCAAGCUCCCAACUCAUGCAGCAGAUUGGCGGGUGCAACGCCGUGAUCUAUUACUUUCCCAUUCUCUUCGAAUCUAGCAUUGGCCAGAGCCGGAACAUGUCUCUAAUCAUGGGCGGUGUGAACAUGGUCGUUUACGCAAUCUUCGCGACGACAUCAUGGUUUAUUAUCGAGAGGGCUGGCCGGCGAAAGUUGUUCCUAUGGGGAACUAUCGGGCAAAUGAGCGCCAUGGCAAUUACCUUUAUAUGCUUGAUCCCGGGAACGCAGACUGCGGCUAGGGGCGCCGCUGUGGGGUUGUUCUUGUAUAUUGCAUCCUUUGGAGCGACUUGGCUGCCACUGCCAUGGUUGUAUCCUGCUGAGGUUAACCCGCUGAGGACGAGAGGGAAGGCGAACGCAGUGUCGACCAUCACGAACUGGCUAUUCAAUUUCGUGGUCGUGAUGAUCACCCCGGUGAUGAUUGACAGGAUUGGCUGGGGAACUUACUUGUUCUUUGCUGUUGUUAAUGCUUGCUUUUUGCCGUUCAUGUGCGCCCUUCCUUUCUUCCGUACUUACUUCCCGCGUUGCUUGAGAGCGGUCGAUGGCUGACUCCCUGGCGAUGGAACAGCUACUUCUUCUACCCAGAAACCCGCCUCCGUUCCCUCGAAGAGAUCGACUUCAUCUUCGCAAAGGGUUACGAAGAGAAGGUCUCGUACGUCAAGGCAGCAAAAGAACUUCCUCUACUCUCACCAGAGGAGAUCGAGGAGCACGCUAUCCGCUAUGGGUUUGCCUACGCCAGUGGGCCGGAGAAGCCUACGGAUUUGCUCAUCGGCGAGGACCGUAAGUCGGACUGA